AUGUACACGAUCGCAGACGAGCGCCUUUCUUUCAAAGUGCCUUCCAAAAUAAGCCCAGCUCAAGCUUCUUCAGUGCCUUUGGCCGGUAAUACGGCCUGGCUUGCUCUAUUCUCCAAAGAUUGCCUUGCACUCAAUCGUGAUGCAUUAUCUAACAAGGCGUCUAUCUUGAUUUGGGGAGGAAACACUACUGUGGGUUACUACGCAAUCCAGUUAGCCAAGCUUUACGAUAUCCAAGUCGCUACAACCUGUAGUCCUCGAAACUUCGACAAGGCUCGACGGGCUGGAGCAACUCAUGUCUUUGACUACAAUGACGAUGAGGCAAUUGCGAAGAUCAAGGCCGCACUGCCGGAUUUACGACAUGUUUUUGAUACAGUCGGGAACGAAAUUUCCUCAGCAACCGCAGCUAAGGCCAUUGGCAAUGCUGAAGGAGUACUGUGCACGGUCAGACCAGGAAAAGCAAACACGAAAGAUGUCCCCUCGCACAUUAAAGUUACAGACGUUUUUGUCUUUACGGCUUUUCCCACGGAACACAAUUAUCGUGGUAAAGCACAUUGGCCUGUCAAGAUGGAAGACCAUCAUCUUAGUGCAGAGUUUCAUAGUCACUUGGAAACUUGGCUCAGUAACGGAUCUCUGCAACCGUCUCCCAUUCGUGUUAUUGGGCAGCUCAGCCCUUCUACUGUAGAAGACGUGAUGGCAUUAAAUCGCAAAGGCUAUAUUUCAGGAGAGAAAUUAGUAUUUGAAGGAUUUGAUAUGCGAACGGGUGAUAACUAA